AUGGCCGAUCGAAGAAAGGGUCUUGGCGACUUUGCCAUGGAUAUUCUUCUCGUCUUUGGCACCAUGGCUGGUGCCAUUUACCUAGGUCGGAGCUUCCUAUCAUCACUCGAAACCACUAUGGCCGAUCCUGAAAAAGAAAAACAUGAAAGAGCAAGAAUAAGAGCGCAAGAGCAUCUUGAGAGAUUAAGGAAAGGAAAGCGCAAUGGAGGCGACGAUGUCGAAGAGAAUCCCGGCGACAAUGAAACGCAGCGACGAGGACCGAGGCCUGAAGAUCUUGUGCUCAAUGAGUACGAGAACAUGGUUGCAUUGGAGAUGGUGGCUCCUGAAGACAUACCCGUCGGCUUCAAUGACAUAGGAGGCCUAGAAGACAUCAUUGAGGAGGUCAAGGAGUCGGUUAUCUAUCCUCUGACCAUGCCUCACUUGUACGCUCACGCCGCUCCUCUCCUUUCGGCGCCAUCUGGUGUGUUAUUCUACGGAAGCCCGGGAUGCGGCAAGACUAUGCUGGCCAAGGCUGUUGCCCGUGAGAGUGGCGCUUCUUUUAUCAACCUGCACAUAUCAACCAUGACAGAGAAGUGGUAUGGAGAUUCGAACAAGAUUGUGCGAGCAGUCUUCUCCCUGGCACGCAAGAUGCAGCCGGCUAUUAUCUUUAUCGAUGAAAUCGAUGCUGUUCUUGGCACCCGCCGAAGUGGAGAGCACGAGGCGAGCGGCAUGGUCAAAGCCGAGUUUAUGACACUCUGGGACGGUCUCACGUCUGCCAAUGCGUCCGGGACGCCGGCGCAGAUUGUUGUAUUGGGCGCGACCAAUCGCAUGCAGGACAUAGAUGAAGCCAUUCUGCGGAGGAUGCCGAAAAAGUUCUCCGUGCCGUUGCCCGGCAAAGAACAACGGCAAAGGAUCCUUCAGCUCAUCCUGCGGGACACCAAGAGGGAUGCGGAGCAUUUUGAUAUUGAUUACCUCGCCAAUGUCACGGCCGGUCUGUCUGGGAGCGACAUUAAAGAGGCCUGCCGCGACGCUGCCAUGGCACCAGUUCGGGAAUACAUGCGAGAGCACCGUGCCAGUGGUAGGGCAGCGUCCAGUGUCAACCCUGCGCAUUUCCGAGGCGUACGCACGGAAGACUUCUUUGGACGGCUCGGCGGGGGUCAAAUCCUCAUGGAAAAUCACUCUAGGGAAUCGGCGAAGACGCAUACCUGGCGGCCAUCGCCGCAAGAAUACGAGGACAUGGUGGAAGAUGUGGACGGUUCAGAGGAGGAAACACAGAAGCAUCGUUGA